CGACGAGCCCUGGCCGUUAGUCCGACCGGCACUCUCGCCACGCCGUGUUGCCUCGCUAAGGUUAUCGGUUUGCUCGCGACUGGCGACGUAUCGAGAGAGAUUUCGAGAGACCUCGGAUGAUCCCAAAGGAGAAUCCCAAAAGAGGGACAAAGAGAAUCUGCGGAUGAAUUCGCCCCUCGCACGACAAGGCUUUCGGCAUUUCGCAUGCGGUAUAUUACAGACGCUUCUGUAAUGUCCCUAUUGGUAAGGAUUGAUAUAUCGCAUUUGUUGGAGACCGAGAGACAGGGAAAGGAAGAGACGGUUCUUGAGCACGAUGAGAGUGAUGCAGUGAUGCGCGAGCUUCUCGGUGAAAUAUGUUCUAUCAUUGAUCGAGCGUAUGGAUCGACCGACGUGGCGAAGGUCGAGAGCGACCUAUCGAGCCUCUUGAGCGGAAUAUUCGUUUUAUAAAACGUAGCUCGAUCUAAUUUCCGAAAUUUCAAUAUAUCUUUUGCAUCAGCUAACAACAUCGUCCUGGAAAAAUCCAAAGAGUUUUGACCUUCGUUAUCACGCUUUAUUAAUCGUCGAUAUCUUUAAGGAGGAGCAUUUGAUGACGUCGCGAGUCGUCAAACCUCCAAGAUACUGACGAUUGAAAUAUUUAAUGUAACACGAGGAUCGAUCGAUCUUUGAUGGUGAAAUCACCGAAGCUCUCGGUGUCGCCUCGUGCCUCCUCAGUGAUGCUUAUGAUUCUCUAUCAGCUAUCGACAACGGAAUCUCUAUCACGCUAUCAUCGUCAAAAUAAAUUCCGGUGCUGAAAAACUCGAUCGAUGAUGCUAGUCACUCGAGAGGUGAGAGCCGUGCCGUGAGGGCGGUAGUGAGGAGAGAAAAGGAGAAAGGCAGAGAGAGAAAGAGAGAGAGAGAGAGAGAGAGAGAGAGAGAGAGAGAGAGAAAGUGAUUGAGUGUUGAGCCAUUGAGAGUAGGUAUGACAGUGAAAAAACAUAGAGAGAGAGAACGGGAACAAUGAUGGGAUAAAAGUUUAUCCACCUCGUCAUAAUACCGUCAAGUUUUGCCGAGGCCGUUCUCGCUGUACGUUUGACCUUUUAUUCGUGCACCCGCUGGUCGACGCACUCGAAUAUUUUGAUCGGCCGAAUAAAGCCGUAGUAAAGCUUCAACGGAAACUGACCGGCUCGAGCGAAUUUAAUUGAACGAUGUAAUUUGGAAAUAAUCUCGUAAUCGAAAGCAGUGUGAUUCCUUCAGAUCGAUAUCGAUCAGCAACGAAUGUCAAGAUUGACAAUAGCCGCACGUUUCUACGAAAUUUGUAUCGAUGUUGCGCAUGAACGCAUUCUGAAAUUGCUUUAAAAUAAACUAAUUCUUCGUACUUGAAACGAAAUUGUGUCUUUUUCCCGACUUUAACGAAUAUCUCUUGUGAUCCCUGAUACUAUUUAUCUUUGCAUUGUAAUCCGAUUGAGAUCUAUUCGAACAAUUUUAAAGGACCUUCGAGAACUCUAGCAGCAUCUCUUGUAAUCUCAUUAACGGUAAGGACUUAGGAUGGGCUGCAAAUCGGCAGCUAAGUUUCUUCUAAAUAAAGAGACGGUCGCAUCGCCGUCGUCGUUGCCAUUAUUCUUUCUAAGGUGCAAGAAGACGGUUCAAGAACAAGGAAACGAGCGUGGUGGCCAUCGCGAAUCCGAUCUCGACGACGAGGAGGAAGGCGAAGGGGGGAACAACGCGAGCGAUCGUGCCAUUUUAUUCGAAAGAUCGUUUCCGUUAAGAGAUAAUAGCGGAAUGUCCAAUAACGUGGACAACAGCGUCGCCAGGUAGCUAUCAGGCUAGAGAAUGCAGAGAUUGCGCUCAACCUUCAAGAGGUCGCGUACUCCCACGGGAGCGGAAAUGAAGUCUCAAUCUAGCCUCGAGGUGCCCAAGCAAAUCAGAUCGGCCUCCUUCGACGAGAUACAGUUGCAAACGAAGCGAGACGAUCGUACGAAUUCCUCAUCGUCCUCCACGUGUUCCUCCGCAAGAUCGCAGGAUUCGACUCGCGGCAGAAGAGGCUCGUCCACCCUCAAGGUACCCCAGCUGCAAACCGGCCAACGAUCCAAGAGCUUCGACGCGUAUUCCGGAAGCCCCGGGUCGUUCGCCGGCCAACAGUUGCUGUACGGGAUCGAACGACCGGAAACGCCGAUCAUCCAAGUCUCCGGAUGUUACCAUUGUGCCUGCGUCGAGGAAUACAGGAGCCUCUGGCUGGCCGAGGACUUUGCUAGAGAAGAGGCUGAAGCCGAGGGGCUCCACGAAGCCGACAGCGGCACUUCGGAUUUCUCCGAGAACGAGUCGGAUCAUGAGGACGAGUCUAAGCGAGACGGUAGCCCGGAAAUCAGAGUUAUCCUCACGCCCGACGAGCCACCAGGUGACCCACGAUGCGUCUCGCCCAUAGUCGAGAUCGUGCCCGAAUUGGAUUCCGAGAUCAAGGUGGUAGAGUUUUCGGAGCUCAGGCAGCGCAGACGAUCGCUCGCCUCGCCGAAGCUAUCCAGGCAGGAGGCUCUCACCACCUUUCCCCUGGAGCCACCCCCUGUGCCGGUGGAGACAACGAUUAGAACGACCAUUGAGGCGGACGACGACGACGACGACGAUGAAGAUAUCGAGGCGAGCAAGUCCAAGCUCGUUGUGCGCGACAUAUUUUUGACCGUACCAGACCUGAAGCGGGAUCGCGCCGCUUCCGUCGACUCGUGUUUCAAUAAUAAUAAAAAUGGAGGCGCCAACGAUACGGACUCGUUGGCGGUACCGCAGCAGAGUAUCAGAUCAAAGAGCGUCGACAUCGUACUACCGACGGACGCUCGUACGAGGUAUACGGCGUUGCUGCCCGGAAAGGAAUCGCGACUUCCGAUAGGAGGGAGAGAAGAAACUGGAGAAGACAGAGAAGGGGGCUCGAGUGGUCAACGUGAGCCUCGAUCUACACCAGAUUGGGGUCCAAAUGCAUUUAACGGGGAACAUAUUUGGGUGCCAACCGCUACAUCCGGUGACUUUUGUUACAUCAAUGAAUGUUCCAAACACGGACCCCGGUUGAAGUGUCCCGCUUGUCGUGUAGUGGCCCACGCCUGCUGCGUCGCAAGUUUAGAGUUCGCUUGCAAGCCAAGCUUUCGCGAUGUGGGUGUGCGUCAGUAUCGCGAACAAACGACAACUCAUCAUCACUGGGUGCAUCGACGAUAUCAGAAGGGUAAAUGUGCCAAUUGCAGCAAAUCUUUCCAAUCGAAGCUCAGCUUCAGCUCGAGAGAGAUCGUGGCAGUGAGUUGCAGCUGGUGCAAGACCGCUUAUCACAACAAGGAAGCGUGUUUCAACGUUCACAAGAUAGGUGAAAAUUGCGAAUUGGGCACUCACGCCUCGAUCAUAGUGCCGCCGUCAUGGAUCGUAAAGCUCCCGCGAAAGGGGAGCUUCAAGAGCAGCCUUAGACGAUCACCCAGGAAGAAAAAAUCUAGCGGCGGUAGCGGAUCUUCCGGACGUCGGAAAAACAAGGAUAAAGAGAAAGAGGAGAAAGAAAAAGAGAAGGAGAAAGAGAAAGAUCAAGGAGAGCUGUGGAUCGUUAAACCCAUUCCUACGACUACGGUAAAGCCCGUUUUAGUCUUCAUUAAUCCGAAAUCCGGCGGCAAUCAGGGCUCCAAGUUGUUGCAAAAGUUCCAAUGGUUGCUCAAUCCGAGGCAAGUUUUCGAUUUGACACAAGGUGGUCCGAAAAUGGGACUGGAACUCUUUAAAAAAGUUCCUAAUUUACGUGUUUUGGCUUGCGGAGGCGACGGUACGGUCGGUUGGGUUCUAUCGAUCCUGGAUCAAAUCGGUGCGUAUCCAGCUCCGGCAGUCGGAGUGCUUCCCCUAGGCACCGGAAACGACCUGGCAAGAGCUCUAGGAUGGGGAGGCGGUUACAAGGAUGAACCGAUCGGAAAGAUUUUGACGAGUAUAGGUGACAGCGAAACUACUCUACUUGACAGGUGGCAAUUAAAGGUCGAGAGAAACUGCGAUGCCAAGAAUGAUGACGAUGGCGGCAAGGGCAAGGAGAAUUUGCCGCUUAAUGUUGUUAACAAUUACUUUUCCCUCGGCGUCGAUGCUCAUAUUGCUCUCGAGUUUCACGAAGCCCGAGAGGCUCAUCCAGAGAAGUUCAACUCCAGAAUGAGGAACAAAUUGUUUUACGGACAAAUGGGUUGCAAGGAUUUAUUACUCACAAAAUGGAAGGACCUCUCAGAUUUUGUGACAUUGGAAUGCGACGGUCAGGAUAUGACGCCGAAAUUGAAGGAGCAUCGAGUUCAUGCUAUAUUAUUCUUGAACAUUGCCUCUUAUGGCGGUGGAACGCAUCCGUGGAGUGCGAGUAGCGGCACUAGAGAGCCCGCCAUGGACGAUGGUUUGAUUGAAGUAGUCGGCUUAACCACGUACCAGUUGCCCCUUUUACAAGCACGCGGACAUGGCACUUGUAUAGUACAAUGCAGCACAGCCAAGUUGGUUACAACGAAAACUAUUCCAAUGCAGGUUGAUGGCGAAGCCUGUCGUCUUCUACCAUCUAUCAUAACUUUAAAUGUAUUAAACAAAGCUACAAUGUUAACGAAAAGGAGAAAUGCGGGCAAACCUAAUCAAAAUAUAGCGAGACUAGAGAGGCUAAAGUUGCCCGUGAUGAAAAUAAAGAUGUCGGAUUACGAAACAUAUUAUCACGACAAAGAGAGAUUAAAGAAGGCGGCAGAAUUGUGGUUGGCGGAACCGCUUGAUCUCGAUGCCGCAACCGAUCUGGAGACCUUGAGGAAGCUCUUGGCGAAAGAUUAUAAUGUGGACUCUUGCUGUUUUCUCGAUUCAUGCACCACGGAAAGAUUUUUCAGAAUUGAUCGCGGCCAGGAACAGUUACAUUACGUGACAGAUGUCGCAGUAGAAGCUGUCUACGUUCUCGAUGAAGACACCGUUCAACAGCACGAGGGCCAAACUGGACCGAGUCAGAUCAUCGCUAGUCAAGAAAUGGAAACUGCACGAGUCCACUUGCCAAGCGAUGAACGUCUAAAGGAGAUGCCAGCCGUGACAGAGGAGCAAGAAAUUUCAAACGUAUCUAAAGAUGUUCAGGAACAAAGGCGAUCUUCCAUCGUCGAGAAAGCCAAACUUUCCGAGAGUAUUUCUUUCGAUAAAGAAUCCGAUGAUCAAAAUGCCGCGGUCAAGCCAAGAAAGCCAGCAAAUCGAAACUCCUUGGAUGUGCCAUCGCCGAGCGAAGACAUAAACAUCGAGUCUAAUUCUCUUAUAAAUCGCGAAUCUCUCAAACAGAAUUCUCGUGUCGUAAUUGCUCACUCAGAUCAAUUGCAGCAGCAAGACCGACCCCUCACUUUUAUCAGCCCUCGUGAUAGAUUGUUCAGUUUAAGCUCGGGAGUUCACGGAUUCAAUACUGAAUUGCUGGAGAAAAGCUGUGACGAUAUAUUAAGAGCGGCGAAAAUUGGGGAUCUUCCGACAUUGAAGCAACUUCAUCAAAAGGGAUACUCGCUUUUAUCGAUUGACGAAACCGGCCAAACGGCACUUCACUUGGCGUCAAAGCAUGGUCAUAAAGAUAUUGUCAGAUAUCUUAUUGCCUGUGCUCCACCGACAAUUUUGAAUAUGAUUGACAAUGACAAAGGGCAAACCGCUUUACAUAAAGCAGCUCAGUACAAACGUCGCUCUAUUUGCUGUAUGCUCGUAGCCGGCGGGGCAUCUUUGAUAGUGAAAGAUCGGCAUGGCAAUACGCCGCAUCAACUCGCUCUGAUCGCGGAAGAUCAUGAUUUGGCAGCGUAUUUACAAAGUCAAAAGCACUUUCAAUUGGUGACGGAUGAGAUGGAGAGCGAUCUCUGACCUCCAGCAUUGAUCGCCACGGCUUGAACCGUCCUGAACUGCUGCGAAAGAGGUACAACAAGAUCGAUCUAUUGUCGAUAAUUUGAUGACGUUUUUGCGGCAUUUUUUCCGAGAAUGCUCGUGAUAUUCUCAUUCGACGUAUGCGACGUAUGCGACGUCGACGAUUACGUGUUUGCCAAAUGUCGUAUUUUUCUUGUCGAUACUUCGAAAUUACUCUUACUAAGAUACAAUUAUCACAUAAUUAUACACAUAUAUACGUAACUAUAUAGCUGUUCUCAAUCGAUAAUAGAUCCUUAUUUUUCUCACUCGUAUACUUGCUCGCGAGACUUGUAGCUUUAUUCGCGUUCUUGUACUCGGCAAGUGGACCAUAAUCGGAUAGGGAGCAGCCCGAGAUUACUCCUAAGACGAGCAAAUCUAUUUUUCUUGUAUGACAUUUAAUGUCUCCCCCAGUCCGAUAUGAGACAGUCAAUUUUAUGUAUAUACACAUAUGUAUUUACAACAAAUUUUCUGACGUUACAGAAAAUAUAUCUUUCAUACACGAAAGAAAAGAAUAAUAAUACGGAAUCACGCAAAAAUGGCGAAAGAUUAUUUAUAGAGGUUAAUCGAAAAUAUGAAAUCGGUGCCAAUUUGUAACCGAGUUUUGAUGAAUUCUUAAUCCUUAAUGCCAAAGAUUAACUGUCUCAUGUUGGAUGCAUGUGCAAAGAUUCAUAGUUUCCACUCGAAAUGGGUGCUAUAAGCGGAUCGAUAAUCUGUUAGCUUUAACAAAAUUGAGAAAAAAUUAAAGGAUAUAAUUUUAGAGAAAGAGAAAAAACGAAAGGAACAUUCUAUAAACGAUACCAAAAUGUAAAAAGGGAUCAACGUACGAACACCAAUUAGUUGUUAGAGAUGCAGUCUAUCGCUAUUAACGUACUAUUACUAUAAUGAUUAUUUUUUUUUCGAAUUGAUAUAAGAUGUAUGUAUAUACAUAUGUGUAGAAUUUUUGAGGCGCUUAUCGCUUAUGGAUUCGCGCAUAUUCUAAAAAAAAAGACACUGUUUAUAAGUCAAUAUCGAUCGUGCACGCAACGAUUUCUUUCUUUCAUCUUGCAUCUUAAUCGGGCCCUUUUACUUAUCGAUACAUUUCUGUGAUCUUCUCUCUGUGGAAUCCUAUUUUAUAUUCUAUUAUACUUGUGGAAUAUGUAUCAAGCGCGAAUAUGUUAUCAUUGUAUCUUUUCUGUCUUUACCUCUCUCUUUUCUCUAUUUUCAAAUAUUCUCUGUUAUUUAAAAUUGUACAUAUACUAGCGCUCAAUAGUUUAAAUCUCUCUUUCGAGUUAAAAUCUAGUUUAAUUUAUAACUAUUUUUUUUUGUUAUAAAACU